UGUCAAGGCGAACGCACGGCCAGCCGGAGCAACUCUCUCGACAACAACAGCAGCAACAGCAGCAGCAGCAAUAGCAACAGAAGCAGCAGCAGCCACUGCAUCAAAGUCUUCAAACUUAUAUAACGAACGAUUAGACCAACGUUUACUUUAGUUAUUCGGUCAACUCUCGACGGUCAAGUUCGCUGCGCGACUCGACUCGUAAAACAAACAAACAAAAAAAAUAUACGCGCAAAAAAACAAACGUAUUUAUUGACAGGAAGUGCGUCAUAACAUUCAAGUGCAACAGAAAUCCUAACACAAAAAAAAACGCGUGCAGUGACAAAGCAACUUAAUAAACAGUGUCAAGUUUAUCAAAGCAAAUGCCAAGUGAAGCUGAAAAAUUUCUUCAAAUUUAUUAAUUCAACAAAUAUCUCAAGGAUAUUUUGGCAUUCGGUGACUUUGACAACAUUUGCAAGUCAGCUUGCAAUAUAAAUCAAAUCAUACAAAGGAAUUCUCAUACAUUUAUUUGGCAAACAACAACAAUAGCUAAGGCAAAAUGUUUCUACGCCGUUGCACUUUUCUGCUGUUACUCUGCCUAAUUGCGAGUGACGCCAACGCGGCGCGCAAAACAAAGCGUCCUGUCAAGCCGGCCAAGCAAACAAUACCACGCACCAAUGUCACGCCUCCGCCUGCGCCCAUCGCCAGUAGCAGCAGCAGCAGCAGCUCGACAUCGACUGCCAGCGAGCAGAAUGCGGACUUGGCAUCGCUGACCACCAGCAGCAGCAAUCACCUUGAGCUGCCCAAGCCGUUGGUGCCACAAAACGAUGCACAGCCGGAGCCAAAGACAGACAGGGCACCCGAUACGGACGAGGAAUGCGAUCCAGAUAUGAUUGGAUUUGAGAUAAUUACCGGUUAUGUGCUGUCGGCACCCUCAAAAUUGUUGGACACACUUGCUGGCACACUGAUGCUCACGGAUUGUUUGGAGGCAUGUCAGAGCAAUGAAUCCUGCAGUUCUGUCAACUAUGAAACCGGCUUGUGUGUGCUAUUCAAGACGACCGCCGAUAAAUUGCCAGGUUCACUUUCGCGCUCACAGUUUCCGGUUUUCACGAUCUACGCACAGAAAUCGUGUUUGGGCGUGCGUCCUUGCUCCAAGGCCUGGUGCAUUGAUCGCGUUCAAGGUUACCGCCUGCCCGAGCAUGUCAAAUCUAGUCAGACCGUCUUGUCGCGUCGCGACUGCCUGGAACUCUGCCUUGGCGAAACGGAGUUUACGUGCCGUUCGGCCAAUUUCUAUCGCCACUCGGGUCUCUGUGAACUCUCGGACAUGGAUCGCAUCACCCUCUCGGCGGGCAGCAGCGUUGAGGCCUACGAAGGCGCCGAUUAUCUGGAGAACAACUGUGCCGAGGAGCCAAGCAAACUGUGCGAAUUCAAGCGCAUAUCUGGCAAAAUUAUGAAGACAGUCGAUUCGGUUUAUCAGGAUAUUAACACCAUUGACGAGUGCCGUGAUCUCUGCCUGAACUCGCCAUACAGAUGCCACUCGUAUGACUACAAUGACACUGGUGACAUGGUCUGCCGUCUGUCGCAUCACAGUCGCGCCACUUUGACGGAUGUGAACGAUCCCUAUCUGGAUGUGCCCGAGGCAGCCACCUACGAACUAUCUGCCUGCUACAAUGUAUCCAUUGAGUGCCGUUCCGGUGAGAUGAUCACCAAGAUACGCACCUCCAAACUCUUCGACGGCAAGGUCUAUGCCAAGGGAGCGCCCAAGUCUUGUGCCGUCAAUGUGAACAAUUCACUCGAGUUUGACUUCCGCAUGGGCUACAACGAUCUCGAGUGCAAUGUGCGCCAGAGUGCCUACGGUCGUUAUAUGAACGAUAUUGUUAUCCAGCAUCACGAUAUGAUUGUCACCUCCUCCGAUCUGGGUCUCGCUGUCAGCUGUCAAUAUGAUUUGACCAACAAGACGGUGCUGAACGAUGUUGAUUUGGGCGUCACCGGCGAGAUCGAAUCAUCGCUAAGCGAAGAGAUUACCAUCGACUCACCGAAUGUCAUUAUGAAGAUCACAUCACGUGACGGUAGCGAUAUGAAGCGUAUUGCCGAGGUCGGUGAUCCGUUGGCAUUGCGUUUCGAGAUCGUUGAACAGAACAGUCCCUAUGAGAUCUUUGUGCGCGAACUGGUUGCCAUGGAUGGUUCAGACAGUGCUGAGAUAACGCUGAUCGAUGCUAAUGGCUGUCCCACCGAUCAAUACAUCAUGGGCAACAUCCAGAAGUUGUCGCACAAUCGCAAGGUAUUGCUCUCGCAAUUCGAUGCCUUCAAGUUCCCCUCGAGCGAAGUGGUUCAGUUCCGUGCCUUGGUUACACCCUGCAUACCACGCUGUGAGCCCGUCAUUUGUGAUAGCGAGGAUGGCGCCAGCGGUGAGCAAAAGUCUCUGGUCUCCUUCGGACGCAGGAAGCGCUCAGUGCUCAAUGGCACCGAUGGUGCCGAGUUCAUGGUCAGCACACGCCAGCGCCAGCGUCGCGAUGUUAGCCCAACUGCAGCCGAUGAUAACAUACUGCUCGUGCAGUCCAUACAAAUCACAGACAAGUUUGGCUUCCAGGCCGAGGAUGGCAGCGAUCUGGCCAACAUGAAUGCGAUGAACAACGAGCCCCAUGAGAAGGCAUACGCGGGCGUUGCACAGGACAAGCUCACUUGUCUUAAUGGCUAUGGUCUCAUUUUCGCCGGCUCACUGUUUCUGCUCGCCCAGCUGAGCAUCUUUGGCAUUUGGAAGACGGUGCAGCGUCGCACGCACAAGGAACGCUAUCUGUACCAACAGGAACCCACGCCCACCAUCACAUACGGUGCGCCCACAAUUCUCUACGGUCCGCCACCAUCGUCGGCAUCUUCGGUUGGAGGCGCCUCGCAUCUGAGCAGCGCCAAGGAUACGCUGAACAAAUUGUAUGACAGCGGCAUCAAUGGACGCUAUGGGCAACAGUUCUAAAUGUUUUCUUUAAGCAUUUGGUUGAGAAUGCCCCCUCCCCAAAUUAGCUGGGAAUUAACGCAAUAUGCCUCGAAAGCUUCAAAAGAUUCGAUGAGACUUGAAUUUACUUAGCACAUAUUCGCCAAUCAGGCGCGAUUCAUGAGAAAAAACAAAAAUCAUUUGCAAAUUGUAGUUUAAUUUUA